CGGAACUUUACGGUAUAUAUCCUAGUGUAAACCAUAAACCGGUCACCGCUUCGGUAACUUGUGAUAGAGCUCCAAAAACUGGGCUGGCGUCUCAGGCUAUUAAUGGAGGAAAUCACUGUGACUUGAAGGUAAAAUUAUUUACAUCUUGGAAAGGUUUAAACUUAUAGUUUGUUAUAAUUAUGGCAGUUUUUUUCGUUGUAUGGGAUGAUCGUACGACACAAUAGUCACUUUCAUGUCGGGGAGGUCGUUCCUUUGAAUCGCACUCGGCUAAAGCAGAGCACAUUAUAAAAAGAAGUACAAAAUUCGGACUCAACGAGUCGACAAGCGGACUAAAUUUCUUUCAUACAUUACUUUUCGUAGUCCACCGGUGACUUUUCGAAAAUUGAAGCGAUGGUAGCCCUUCGGUAAUUUUUCGGUUUCUUAUUUAUCUCAUAGUGACACUCUCUGUCGCCAGUUGAUUAAGUGUACCAGAUUGCCACUGGGUCUUUGUAAUCCAACGAGAAGUUUCGAAGAAAUGUUUGUUCGAAAACGUCAAACCGACUUUGGUAUUCUGCGUUGUCGAAGACUGAACUGCCGCAAUUUUAGUGGCUAUGAAGUCGCGAACGCGGACAAACAUACGGGUGAGCUAGAAUAUUUCCGGAUUAUCAUGCAUAAUCAAAUAAACAUUGCAAUAUUUUCGAGAUGAUUUCCCCGUAAAAUCGGUCUCAUAGAAUUAAAGUGACGUGAAAUUAAUCAGUAUCAACAUUAAUAGCGGGUUUGAGGCUAGUAUGGGCAUUCAAUCGUAUGUUUCCAUGAAAUUCCGGAUCACCCGACAGGCAAAGGCAAAUACUAACUUUAAAUCGAGGUCAUCUCAUCUCCGAAUGACUUUACUCCAGUUUCACACCUGGAAGUGUAACGGUCUUAAUAGACCACUACGAGGAAAGCACGCUUUUUCGACGUUAUCAAACGAAUUCUCACUGCUGGACCCAUCGUGUCAAAUGUAGCAAAAAUGCAAUGUUUCUUGAAAAAUCACUUGCAAACUAACGGAAACAAGGACCCAGACGUCCGGCAAAACAUAUGCCAAAGUGCAACCGCUCUUUAGUCUUUGUAAAAAUUGGGAAGUUUGGGUUCCCUGAGUUUGUCAAGGGUGUUUAACUUAAUUUCGCCUUUUUUUCAUAAGUCGGCGUGAUCAUCGAUCCAUGGAGUUGUUUAUUGUUAACUUGAAUAAUACGUAACAUAAUUGAUUUUUCGUUACAUUGUCAAAGUGGUCCAUUGAAAACGAUUUGUAGUUGUGGGCUUUGAGAGGAAACGCCCCCCCUUAUUGAUCGAAAAACUGUUUUUUCUAAUCCUUCAAGCGCACGUCACAAAAAUCUGUCUCCUAGAAUUCAAGUCAGCGAUAGCUGUUACGAGAGACGGUUUGGAGGAAGUAAAAAAAAACGUUGGCCAAUAUGUUGUAGAGCUGGAAAUUAUUUUGUGGGCGGUUAUGUUUUGUUUUCCUUCCUUUUUUUUACUUUUCCUUGUAGUCUACUGAACAAAUAUUAUCAUUUUGUGCAUGGUUUUGUCUUAGGUCUUAUUUCAGAAGAAUAAAUAAAUAAAGUAUUGUGUCAUUGAUAUUAGUAGGGUUGAGGUGUUUCCUGGUAGUCUACGUCUAAUCAGGUUGAUAACGUUUUUACACACAUAGGAAAUAAGAGGUCACAGAGCAACCAUGCAAUACUUGGCUUACAUAUUGCAUUUGCGAAUCGGAUUGCAAAAAUGUUUUGUUUGUCGCCGUGAUGCAAGUGUGUUUAGGUUAUCUAAUGUACAAAACUUUCAACGCAUUCCUCGCACUCGUAACGUACCAUUUAUAUUUCUAGUCAUCAUCUGAGUAUUCUUGAAUGACUAGAUGUUUUUCUUGUUUCAUACGAUGAAUGCGAUGAUGAUUAUCUAAACUGGUUAUCUAAAUCCGCCGGUUACACAAAAACGCUGUGAAACGGACAACUGGUGGGGACACUUUUGACGCCUUUGCUUAUCCGUGGAACAUAUUUCGGAUUCCCGCAACACCUUUUCCAGGAUCCUCUCUCUCCCAAUAGAGAGCACUAGGCUUCGUUCCCAGGGUCUUCUCUCUCCCUGCACACAGCAGUUAAUCCUUUUUCUCCUUGUAUACAGUAAUUAACCUUGUUCCUAGUGUUCUCUCUCUCAGUAGAGAGAAGUAAGCCUCGUUUCUAAGGUCUUCUCCGUCCUGUGCACAGCAAUUAAUGUCGUUCUCAGGGCCCUCUCUCUUUCUGCAUAAAGCAGCUAAUCUCGUUCUCAGGUUCCUCUCCCUGUGAAGAGUUAAUGUACCUAGGCCUCUAUCUCGACGACAAGAGAGGGGUGGAGAGUGAGCCUAGACAUCACUGUUUUCAUUUCAAUUUGCUUAUAAUUUGUGGAGAAUAAAACGGUCCACAGGUGUGUGGUAGGGGGCUGGAGUAAAGAGAGAAAUAAUAAGAAGAAUGUCAUUCUAUGUUUAACGAAAACAACUGAAGGCAAUAAAAAUAGAAAUGCUCCCAUUUGUGGAGUCGUAAAGAAAAAGUGAAGGUAAAAGUGUUUGCACAAAAAUAAUCCAUUCGUGGAGCAUUAGUUAGGAUUUUCUCUUCAGACAUCCCGCAUCCCCUCAAUUGUGUAAUUUUGUGUCCCUACAUUGACGAAUGAAUAUGUUUUAGUUCAAUUUUGUCCUUGGUUUAAAUUUUAUUUCCCUUUGUUUUUGGGUAUGGUUAUGUAUGAUAAUAAGUUUGAAACAAUGAAAAAUAAAAUUUAAACCAAGGAUAAAAUUGAACCACAACAAAUAUACCAUAAUACAAUUUUUCUGAAAUCUGGUAUCCCUAUAUCAUUUUCUUUCAGCGUCCCGUAUCGCUUUAACGUAAAAAGGCCUCAAUCGUUCUAGAAGCCUGUACUGCUUAAACUGGUUUCCAAACAGUUUAAAUGAAGCCUUAAGUGAUUACAAUUUUUCACAUUGUACUUAAUUUCAUAAGCAUAUGGUAGUCCGGGGGGAGGGGGGGGAGGGUUCGGUUAAUGUUUGCGCGGUAUGUGCCGCUGGCCUCUCAGAGUCCCUACCCCAUUAUAGAUUUUUUUUUUUUUGGCCAAUUAUAGACCCCAUCCUAGUCACUUUUUGGAAAAUGCAAUUCUCGCGAUCCCAAGUUAGUCACUUUCUAUUUAUGCAUCUACCUUAUCAACGUGGUUUCAAGCGGCGGAAUGUAAUGCGGUCAAUGCGGGCUUAUUGUUAAAUUUAAUAAACAACAACUUUCUAAUUUUUUUUAACCGAGAAUCUUCCCAUUUUGAAUCUCUACUUACCCCCAAAAUCCUCAAAUUUGCGACCCCAUUCUAGUAACUCUAUUGAAAGUGCAACCCCAUUAAAUAGUCAUUCUAGUCGUUCCAGUCGGCGCCGCUAAGAGAUUGUAGAAAUCUGAAAUACGGGAAGUUACUAUGUACAAAGUGAGUCCGCACCCGGGGCACAUGGUGUUAGCGCAUGUAUUUGUUGGAAACGAUUUAUUUCUUGUUGUAGAACUGAGAUUGUGUCAUCGAGAAGAAAGUUUCCCUGAAUGAGGCCUUUGAUUUUGCUACCUGCAUGGUAAGAAUGCGAUUCAAAAUAGACCCUGUCUGAGUUAGGUAGUGGUUAACGCGAAAGUCGUUUUACCGCCACUUAAAAUGGAUUUAAAGGACGUUCUUGCUCGCGUUUCAAGCAAUGCAGAAAUCCUUUGCUUAUCCCAUAAAUUGAUUUUUCGGGUUGUUGUGUGAGUUUUUGGAUGAUUUUUGGGGGUUUUGGGGGGAAAUAGUUUUUCUCAAAAGGGUAGUAACAUCUCAAGAAGUAAGAAGGAAUGAAGCUUUCAUGUGUUUAACAAUUAGAAUUUGAAGUUAAAAUUUAUUAUAUGGACACCCAAACAGUCCCCUACCAACCUGGAGUGCCCUUGGGUAGGGGUCAACUGUCUGUUUUUGUUUCAAAAACGAUAUUCUUUCCUUUAUCCUUUACUUAACCCGCUUAAAACUUCAUUAAAAUUAAAAUUCAUUUUUACCCCCACCUUAACCAGGAAAUUGUUUAGUGUUGAAGGUGAUUCCCCAGGAAAACAACCUGUAAUUGAUUUCCCAUUCAACUUAGUACUUUGCUCUGACAAAUCAGGAAUGCGAUGAAGCGGGGAUGGGGGCCACCGUAUUCAUUGCCUUGGCAUGAUGCCAACAAAUCCAACUGGUGAGGCCUCUUUUGAUAAUAACCAAGUACGGUGAGCUAUGAUGGAAAGGUAUGCCCGCUUUUUAAACGUAGGCCACGAUAUCUUGCAGAGUGUAAUAACAGUCUAUUCUUUAGUCCCCUGUGUGGUAGCCUGAGUAUCAGGCCUUCCUAAGGGGCUAGGGGAGAGGAGAUUUUAGAUGGGGGAGGGGGGAGGGGGGAAGAGAAAGGAAGGCCUGACACAAAACCAUCCAGCAAAUCGUGUGACACAUCCAAAAUCUGGAUGUGGCAUCGAUUGGAUAACACACAAUAACCCCUGACGUCACCGACCGCAAGAGCGAUCGGCAAGGAGAAGCCACUGAAAUUUUUCGUAGAUGUUUUGAUUUCAUGUUGCCGGUAUGUGAUACUUUUAUGGACAGAGACGCAGAGAGGAAUUCAAAAAGGCUCUAGAGGGCGCUCUCAAGUUCUUUCUCGGAGUAAAAAUAAAACCCGAGCAAGGAUUGUGUUUUCAAGGCCUCGUAGUUUAAAGGAAAGAUGUACUCGCCUCAUACCAGCUUCUGCCGAAACUAUGUCCGAGUAUUGGUUUCACAAGACCGGGACAAAGAAGACGAUAUCAGUGUUUCAGAUAUCUAAGUUCUGAUUUACAACAUCCUGCCGUUAAAAGAGUAUCGUUACUGUAAAUGAAAAUAGAGCGAGGUAGCCAUGUCAGGGGCACCCAACGAGGAUAUAGUUCAAAACCACUUAACAUAGCAUUGUUGAACGUAUUUUAGUAUUUAAACGGUAGAUAUAGGCAUAUUUUUAUCCCCUAAAAACUUUUCAUCUGUUCGGAUUUCCUAGCUGAAAGUCUAGUGAUCCGAAAAUUAUAGGGAUCAAAACUUACCUUUUCGAAAAUUUCAGCCAGGAAAAGGCUCCCGAAAAUUCUAGGUGGCCUUUUUUAGGGUAAAUAUCCGUUUAAAAUGGGUAAUUAUACCAUUUUGUAGAUGUUCGAAAAUCCUAGGAGAGGCAGGCAAGCAAGAAAUUUUCCAAAAAAUGUUCCGAAAAUUCUAGUUCUCAAAUCGUCUUCCGAACAGAUAUUUUCCCGAAAAUUGCCGUUGGGUGCCCCUGCCAUGUAUUGAGAUAGCCGACAGCACCAAUGCUUUUAAAAAGCAUGGCUUUGCUUGAGGCGGUUACGAUAGCGUACGUGACUGGAAUUCGUUUGCUUCCUCUUCCAAAAUUUUCCCACUUUUGUAAUGUUUUAAGCUCAAGCGGGCGCCAUCAUGUUUCGCCAACGGGAUUGACCUUUGCUAUAGGCUCUCAAUUCUUGUUUAAUUUGUAACAGCUUUCACGAGCUCUCUGUGAAAAGGUGGAAUUUGCUGCUGCUUGAUAAUUUCUAGGCAUAGGUGUUUCACCAUCGCACCUUCCUAUUUAUUUCUUGCAGCUCCUUUCAACCACCCGAGAAUGCGAAGGAUAACAUCAGCUUUUUAGCUGCCAGGCAAGCGCCUGAUGUUACUCUGUAAACAAAAGCAAUUUACAGUUUUUCGGGCACACGUUUGUUUACAAACAGAGCGUUGGCGAUCGUACACUAGCUCAAUUCCUAAAGCAUGUUAUAAUAAAUCAAAAACGCAGGUUUUACAUUACAAGUAUUCGAAAACUCCUCAUUGGAGGUUUCAGAAAAAAGUGAAAUCGUAGCAACACAAGAACCGGAGCUCGGCCAGCCCGUAAAGCGAGAUUUAUUUUAGGCGAGCUUUUUGAGACAUGAAGCUGACAGCCCAGUGAACGGAAGUGAUUUUGAUUGGAUGGUAUCGAAUCAUGCUGUGUGGGGGUGGAAGGCCCCAGUAGAGGCAUCUGUGUCAGGCGUUUCUCUCCUUCCGCUCUCUCCCUUUUUCGCUUCCAUCUUUCCCCUUUUCCCCAGAAACGCCUGAUACUCAGGCUACCUGUGUGGCAGAAAAAUGAAUUUGAUGAAGAAUUAAAGUGUGUGUGUUAGACUCCAUGCCGCCUCCUUUGCGCAAAUAGCGAGAAAGCUGGCCACAGAUUUUUGCUGAUUUUUCUCCUUCUUGAAGAAGACGCUACGCUUAACAAAAUGAUGAAAUAAAAAAUGGGGGUCACUGUACUCGAAAAGUAUUAAAUAGCUAUUCCUUUGCUGUUUAGGCUCAGUGUCAUUAAAAUCCGACAUUGAAAACAAGUGUAUGAUCGUGCGAGUGCUCAUGACGCAAGAAAUUGUGCGCAGUGAUACAUGCGCAAUGAAAAACUAGAUGCAAAACUAGGGUGUAAUUCUAGUGACUAUUUUAGAAAACACGUCCACGAGACUUCCUAUGUUUUGCCCAAGGUGUAACAAUGCUAUGACAGGAAGACGUUUGUUAUAUUUUACGCUUGUCACUCUCACCAAAGACUUCAUCAGUUCAUCGUCGUAUAUCUAGGAAAAAAACUUAUGUAAUCUUUCUAGAAAAUAUUACUGGAAUUAAUUGUGCAAAUAUAUUGCGUCAAACUAAUUGAUGUGACGUCACUCUAUCCUUGCACUCACUUGAACUUACUUCGCCGUAACAUAAUCAUGAUCACUCAUUUUGAGGGUGGUCUCAAAAAAUCAUCAAAACAGUUCCAUUUGACUAAACUCCUGAUGUAAUUUCUUGAUAUUAGGAACAUUUUUAAAACAAUUUUGGAGCUUGCUACCCUACUGAGGCGCCGCGUUGGAUCGAGCGCAUUUUCCCAGGCCUAUCGGGGGCUCUUCGUCGAAGGUCUGGGUCACGUGUGAUAUUUCAGAAUGACAGUUGUAAAGAUUUACCUCUGUGGUGUUUUUUCUGACAUAUGUCGUACACGUAAAAUUACACUUCAUAUUACGGUGAAUUAAACAUCUGAUUCUCGUUUCACACAUUCUAAUUCUUAUUAUCAAACAUUCAAGGCAGUAACAUAAAUCAGUUCAAGGCAGUAACUUUAAUCACGUUUGCUUUCAGAAUUCAUUACUUAGGAAAAUACCCUUUACCACCUUUUUUUAGAGACAGACUGUACUUUAGGGACUUGAUUACAAGUCUCCAAAGAACGGUUGUUGGUGCAAACUUCAAUGGACCAAUUAAUUCGAAAUUUCAAAAUUCCCUUCCCAGGCAUUUGAACUUUUGGAAAUUCAGUCGUUCAAACCUCCGUUCUACAAGCCAAAGGUGGUGUUCAAAUGUGCCAAUCAAACUUGCAAGACAUUCAAAAAUCUUCUUUUAAUAUAACUACCCGCUUGUGAAAGUCUAUAUGUUUAUUGGCAUUUACUACAUAAGGCCGAGAAAAGUUGAAAUCAUCAACAUUAACACUCCCAGGAGCCCAUGAUCCAGGAGCAUAAAACCUUGAUAAACUUGUGUAACGGCGUUUUCACCGACUGAGUUCUUUUUUUAGAUCAAUCUUCCCUCGAAACCAAUCACAUGUGCCGCAUGGGCAUCUGCUACCCUUGGGAUUGAGAACAGCCACUCACGUUUUGUAAAACUCAUCCAAAAAACAGUCUGUGAAAAUGCCAUUGCAUAGACCCACUAUGGGAACUAUACGCUCCGGAUUAUGGGCUCCUGACACUCCUUACUCGUCAAAAGUACAUUUACAGUCCUUUCUCUUUGCGCCCCAGGUGCACUGGGUGACUUUAGCGCCGACAAAAUCGUAUUAAAACCUAACACUUGCAGCUCACACGCCCCACCCCACUCGGGCACGAAAAUUGGUUAAAUGCUCGGUAUAUGCCCUGGGGAAAGUUGAUUGAUCGGCGCACAAGUAAUACCUUUCAGAAACAAAGUUCCGCAAGCAAGAAAAUUGAUAACGGACUGCAGGGUUCGCGAAGUGGUGAGAGCAAUCGCCUCCCACCAGUGUGGCCCGGGCUCCAUUUCCAGUCUAGCGCCAUACGUGGGUUGAGUUGUUGGUUCUCUACUCUGCCCCGAGAGGUUUUUCUCUAGGUAGUCGGGUUUUGCCCUCUCCUCAAAAUCCAUGCAUUUCCAAAUUCCAAUUCGACCUGCAUUCAAAGGACAAAAGAAAAUAUAUAUUUUUUGUGUCACCUGCUUGAGAUAAUUGAGGAAUGUUGAUUUUUUUCAAGAUUUCUCAUAUUCGAUUGCUUGACACCAUUGCUUUGGCGUCUGAGAUUCAUGAUGUUUUCCUGUGUUCCAUUCCGUAGGUAGCAUUUCCCAAAUAAAACACUUCCAGUGAGAUUUUGGCAUAAAAAGUGUCCCAAGAAUGUCCUCGCAAAGCCGAAUAAUUCCGGCCCUGGGUCGUCCCUUUGACCUUGGCAUGCUUUACGAUCGCCGUUCAGAGAAGCUGAUUCUUGGCAAAACAUUGUGGUCUCCGGAUCAACUGAUUCAGGCCGUUAACACGAUAACCAAACCAUGCACCAACUCAGAAGUCCUUGCCGAAGACACAAUUGACGAUAAAACAAGUGCUCUCAAUAUUGAAGCAAGCAUUAAAAUGAGUUUUCUUGGGGGCUUAGUUAAUGUACAAGGAGCAGCGAAAUACUUAGAUGACAGAAAGACAUCGAGUAACCAUUGUCGCGUUGUUCUGAAGUAUGAGGUAACAACUGAGUUGAAACAGCUGACCAUGGAACAUUUGGGACGAGGAAAGGUGCAGUAUCCAGAGGUGUUUGACCAAGAUAUUGCCACUGAUGUAGUGGUUGGAAUCCUGUAUGGAGCCAAAGCAUUUUUUAUCUUUGACCAGGAAGUUUCCAAAGAUGAAUCCUUGAAAGAGGUGCAUGGAAAUAUGGAAGUACUGGUGAAGUCCUUGCCUGGUAUCUCUACAGACGGAAGAGACUCUGUCGACAUUACUGAAGACCAGAAGAAGAAAACAGAGAAAAUGCAUUGCAAGAUGUAUGGAGAUUUCAGAACAGAAGGAAGUCCAACUACUUACGAAGAAGCAGUAAGAGUCUACAAACAACUACCAUCAUUGAUUGGGGACAAGGGUGAGAACGCAGUUGCUGUCCAAGUAUAUUUACGCCCGCUCAGUGAAAUCGAUACCAAGGGACAACGAAUGGUUAGAGAAAUCAAUGCAAAUUAUAUAAGCAAGACAUGUGACAUUCAAGAGCACAUACAGUUUAUAGGAUCUAAGUGCAGCGAUUUAAUGAGAGAGGAUGUUUGUUCGUCGUUCCCUCGAAUCAAGAAGCAGUUAUCAAGUUUCAAAAGCAAUAUCUCGCGCAACAAGAUCUUUUUCCAGAAGAAGUUGUUGCCUUUGCUUCCCACCAUCAGAGGAGGCGAAGCAGAAGAAUCAGCACUUGGCGAUAUCUUUAAAGAAAAAGAGCGUUCCCCCUUCGCACAACCUCGCAUCGAUGCUUGGAUCGUGGAAAAAGAGAGAGAAAUGAAGAGAUUGCAAGGUAUCAUCGGUUUCUUGGGAGACACUCCUUUCGUUAGCCCUGAAGAUGUGGAAAAUAAAGCGUUCGACCCAAACAAUGAGCAUGUUGUGUGCUGUGCAUUUAAGAUUGGCAAGGAGGACGAUCCUCAGAUUUUGAGUAUGGAUGCGUACCUCACAGGAAAAGUUCUGCCAGAAUUGGAGAGAAAGGCAUCAUCAGGUACUGAUGCUAAAAAUGCUAAUAAAAGAAUCCGCCAGACACUGAAACAGUUCUCAGAACUGAAAUCUGCAAAUGAAGACCACAAGGAAGUGAAGUUUCUCGCCACAGAGGAGUGUCUUUCUGACAAUUUCAAUGGAAGCCCCGGAGCCUUCAUCUAUCUCUACGAGGAGGGCGAACUAGAAAAUGAUGAUUUUAAGCUAUCACCAAAGCCAGAAAACCUAGAAGCAGAGAGCGCGCGAGACGAUUCAAUCGAGCUUUGGUGGAAUGAUCCGCACUGGAGCGAGAACAAAAUUGAAAAGUACAAAGUUCAGUGCAAAAAGGAUGAAGCUAAUUCCGACUGGAUCACUCAGUACACACCAUGUGGAAAGGAAGCUAAGAAAACUGCUAACAUAUCUGGUCUUCAACCAGCUACCAGCUAUCUGGUGCGAGUAUGCGCUGUGGGGCAGAUUGUGGUUAGCCAAUACAGUGAUACUUUAUCUGCAACUACGAAACCAACAAGUCCGCCUGGUAAGCCAACCUUUGCAGAUGCAACGACUGACACCAUAACCAUUGCAUUCACCAAACCCAAAAGUAUUGGACAGGGAGUUAAUAUUGAAAAGUACAAGAUUGCAUGGAUAUUCAAUUCCCAACAGAUGGAACACUUCCUGCACUAUACAGAAGAUGCGUCGCUGACUUGCACAAUCAAGGGUCUUCAAGCAGGAGUACCCUACAACUUCAGCGUUACCGCGAUAUGUGGUAGUGAAGGAGACAGCAACCCCAGUGACCCUAGUGAUCCACUGCAAACAAUAGUACCUCCGAGAAAAUUUGAUACAAGCAAGAUCCUUGGCUGCUGCAGCCUUGUUCAACCACCAGAAGAUGGAAAGCCAGCGGUGUACACUCUUCCUUUAAGUCUCGACUACGAAGACAGCCGCAGUCAAUUGCGAAAGUUUGUUAUCAAUCUUGGAGAGACAGGGAUGCAGUUACAGGGUAAAUUUAAUAUCGUUCCUGAGAAAGUGAUUAUGGUUGUUGGGUCCACGGGUUCUGGCAAGACAACCACGGUGAAUGCUAUGAUCAACCACGUCCUUGGAGUACAGUGGAAGGAUAACUUUCGUCUCAAGAUGAUCCACGAGCUGUCUAGCAACCAAGGGGCAGGAACAAUCGGAAAUCAAGCACACAGUCAAACACAGUUCGUUUCUUGUUACACUCUACCGUACAUGGAAGGAUUCAAAAUACCUUACAACCUCACUAUCGUAGACACUCCUGGAUUUGGAGAUACAAGAGGAAUUGAAUACGACAAAGUGAUCACCGAACAGAUCCGUAGAUUCUUCCACACAAAGGGCUCGGAAGGUAUUGAUCAUGUUGAUGCCAUCUGCUUCAUGGCUCAGGCUGGUAAUCCGAGGCUGACUCCAACGCAGCAGUAUGUUUUUGACAGAAUCCUGGCCAUGUUCGGAAAAGAUAUCAAGAAGAAUGUCUUAGUACUAUUUACCUUUGCUGAUGGUCAAAAGCCUCAAGCCCUGUCAGCAAUGCUAGAAGCCGGAAUCCUAGAGCGUGAAAGUAACUUCUUCAAGUUUAACAACAGUGCCCUGUUUGUCGCUAACUCUGGUGAAAAUGACGAAGACAACUUCGACAGAAUGUUUUGGAGAAUGGGAAUCAAGAGUUUUGAGAAGUUCUUUCAAGGCUUGGCCGAGAUGGAAUCAAAAAGUCUUGUCCUUACCAAGCAGGUGUUGGAUGAAAGAGCUCAGCUGGAAGUUCGACUCAGUGGUUUGCGUGACAAGAUUGCGCUUGGAGUAAACAAACUGAGCGAACUGCAACAGUUAAAGAGAGUGUGCGAUCAACAUGCAGCCGACAUAAAUGCCAACAAGAACUUUAAGUUCACUGUUGAAGAAGCAAAACGCGUCCAAGUAAAGCUGCCUAUUGGUCAGUAUACUACAAACUGCUUGGUUUGCAACUACACUUGCCAUUAUCCUUGUUCAAUUCCAAGAAAUGAGGAUAAGAGAGGAUGCGCUGCAAUGUUGGAUGAGAGUUGCAAGGAAUGUCCAAACAACUGUCACUGGUCAAAACACGUAAAUGACGCAUAUCGCUUUGAAACCCAGUAUGAAACCGUGGAAAAGGAAUAUGACGAAAUCAGAGAAAGGUUCAAUGUAGCGGUUGAAGGCCAGAGCGAGGCAGAGGCUGUGAUCAAGCAAGUAGAGCAGGAUUUUCAUGAAACCAAUCGCAUUGUAUUGAGAUUCGUCGCCGAAAUGCAACGUGGUAUAAAGAAGUUGUCAGAAAUUGCCCUUAAAAAGGAUCCACUACAACAAGUGGACUACUUGGAUAUGCUCAUAGAAUCUGAGAAAUCACAAGCAAAAUCUGGUUGGAAAGAUCGCGUAAGUGCUUUGCAGAAAACAAGGGAUGAAGCAGUCGAAAUCAAUCGUCUUGGAAAGCCUGGGUACGAUCCGUGGGAAAAAUAUCGAGAGAACGAGGAGACUCGUCAGUUCUUUCAGAAGCAAACUGAAGAGGCUCAACAAUCUUUAUGGAAAAAAACAAAGAACUGGGUAGCAGGUAAAUUUUGCUGAGUGAAAUACGGAUUUGGACAAUUGGAGCAAUUAAACUAUUUACUUGAUUACCGACACUGAGGAGGGCUCGGAUGACACUUUAAAAAACAAAAGCUGGAAAUUUAGCGAGGAACAUGCAGUGUUUAAAGCUUAGUGUAAGUCUUUUAUGUUACAAGGGAGUUUUAAACAUUUUUGCCUAAUUUGGGGAAUAAAUAAUCAUCGUGUGUUAUGCUGAAAUCUUUUCUUAGAGUUAUUAAAUGUUUUUCGGAUGCUUUGCGUGGAUUGCAGGAUAUUAGAUAAGUAAUACAUCAUUCAGGAAGAGCUUUUUUGAUUAAUCUUUUCAUAUGGCCACGCCGGAAGGAUACACGGUGUUGGUUUUCAUCACGAUAGCGAUUCAAAACUCCCUUUUGCUGAUUAUCGAUAGUAGAGAAUUUAAUCAACGAAAACGGCAAUUGCAGCGAGAACGUCAUCUUAAAAUCUUAAUAGUAGUAAUGAUCUCUUCGCGAGUAUUUCAACCUUUCAAUUAAUUCAAAGCAGUGCCGCUUGGCCAAGAAUGAAACUGGUAUUGACGGCACUUGCUUCGCGGGAGAAAACCUCGUGUACUGAGGUUCGUCACAAAACGUUAGGAAACAACAAGGUGUACUAACAUGCAAAACGCACGUGCAGGGCGUACAAAGCUGUUGUUUUUGUCUUUAUAUUUGCAAAUAUAUAUACAUGUAUAUGCUUACAUCGUGCUGUAGACAUUCUAGAAAAUUUUGUUGAAAAAUGUCAUCACCUAAUUAACCGUAGCAUCCCGAUAGACGCACCACGCGCCCACCCAGUAUGUAUCGUUUUCAAAUUUUCAUAUAGGUCUUAUUGUAACCUGCCUCGUCCCCAGUCGCUCGCGAUCACUGGCGGAUAUUUGAGUUAAUUAUUAAGGAAAGCGGGUACGAAGGGAGUGACGGGAAGGGGAGAAAAAGCGAAGCGACUUUCCCCUCUCUCUCCUUUUCCUUCCCAUCACUCCCUACUCGCGCUCUACGCUCUCGUACCCAUCAUCCCUCUCUCGCGCUUCUCGCGUGCUCGCGAGUUCCCCAAUCCCCACUUAGCCUUGGGAAAGCCUGUGGAGGAGGCAGGAUUGUAACAGUUUUUCUGGCAGUUGCCUGAUGAUUGCUUCCGAUGAAGCAUGAAACUCUGUUGGUAUACAGGUUAGGAAAUAUUUAAUGACCAUCUGGUGUGUGAAUUUAUUGCGUGUUAUUCGGAAUUUUUAGUUGCGUGAACCUUUUUAGAGUGAAAUUUGAAUUUUGAACUGUGUGAACCGUUUCGAGUGAAAGCGUGAAUUACAUUUAUAAUAUUUACUGGAGAGUUAGGUUGACAACGCCUUAAAAAACGUGACCUGUUCUCGAAGACCUUUUAGACAAACGCGAUUGUGAGAUUGUCACUAAGCAACACUCAAUUAACCAAAAUAUUCUCUAGGAAUAAGCACGUACGAAAAAGUUCUCACAAGAAACUUGUAAUGUGCUAAGACCCGUCCUUUUGUUAACAUUGCGUUGACGUUGGUCAACUUAAUUACUUUUGCCUCGUAGUUAUGAAUGACUUUUGGUCUAGUUAAUCCUCCUGAACAAAUCACUCGAGUUGAUUUAAGUACAAGUUAAGCUUGCGUUAUGUCAUAGUCUGACAAUCUUUCAUAAAACUAAUACACCUUUUGCUGUUCAUAACGAGAAAAUACGCAUUAAUUUGCGUGAAACGGGGACCAAC